AUGGAUUUUGAGAAUUUAAUUCAACGUUAUCGCGAUACCAUUAGUUCACAUAUUCUUACAAUUUGCCAAACGAAGCGCGUCAAAAGAAGCGAAGAAAAUAAAGAAAACGAGUAUAGAGAAAAUGAAGAUUUGGACCUCCAAGCUGUAGAUCCUGAAGCUGAACCUUUAUCUUGGGGUUGGGUAUGUGCUAGAGUUGCAGAAAUGCUAAUACAUACUCCGCAUGGACUAACUGAGCCUGUUAUCCUAAACCAGUUGCUUUCUGAGUGGCAAGAGACGAGUGUAACUUAUCGAAAGGGCGUACCUAAAAAUAAUAGAUCAACAGUUGACAUGUUUAUUCCUCCGAGACUUUGUCGGUUUAUAGAUGGGGGGUAUUAUCCGAAUUUAUUUGAUAAAAAAUAUCGCCAAAUCAGAUUUAAUCGCGCGUCUUUGUCAAAAACGGCAUCCAAUUUAACUUUUUUGCAUACUUCAAACAUUAUAAUAAUGUUAAACCCCUCUGAAGAAAUUUUGGUAGAUACAUUGUUUACUGAUUCAAUUGCCGAUGUUUCAUCAACUGAUAUUAAGAAUGGAAGGGGAUAUCAGUUUUGGACAAGGGUGGUGCAUAUCGGAGCUAAAGAGCCUGCAGAUUUACCGGGUUUUUGUAAUAAAGUAUGUGUUUACCUGCGUGACAUAUCGAGUUCACAAUGUGCCAGCUUGGUUUUAUUGGACGAUAAAAUACGUAUGACCACAUUAUUUAAAACAGGAGACUUUUUGGGAAUACAUUGGCCGUAUAUUGAUAUUGAAGAUACAAUUUAUGAUGAAAUUAUUCUUCAUUACGGAGAUUUGACGACUUUGUUUUGUUUACCAAUGAGUGAGCUUUGUAAGGGGGGAAAUUUGAAAUCUAGAUAUUUCAGAAAAAACAAAUUUAAUUAUCAAGAUAAUUCGUAUAUGAUCGACUACAAAUUUCACUAUGAUCGUUUUUUCAUUAAAACCCUACCUUCACGAGGAUUAAAUGUAACUCUUUAUGGUAAAGUUGACGAUAUUUUAGAUAAUUCUCCAUUAAUUUUGAACAAUGGCAAACAAAUAGACCGAUAUUCCAUAAAAUUUAGUGACAAGACUGGAAGCCAACAAAUAAUACUUUGGGGAAAAGUUGGGCGUAAAAUAGCCGAAUAUCAUAUCGGUCAAUAUAUUGUUUUGGAAGGAUUAAAUACGUGGAAAAAAAGCAAUGGUCAAUUAGAAAUUAACGGUGACGCAUCAAGUGGUGCUGUGGUGUAUAAUGUUAGUAUGGCUAAGGGGUGGUUGGCUGUUUCGUCGCUGCAUAGUUGUUCUCUUUCAUUAGCAACUAUAAUCAAUAAUCAACACAUAUAUCAAUUUAUUUGUCGAUGUUUGGUCACUGGUUGGGAGACAAAUGAUGAUUCAUUGGACAUAAGUUGGCGUUUGGAUGAUGGCACCGGUGUUAUUUGGGCCAAGGCAGUGGGCACUGUAUCACAAGAUAUUUUACACUCUAGUGGAAUUGAAACUUUGACAGAUAGCCUAACUAAAGCUAAAUUGAAAAAAGGGCACCUGGGAACAAACCUCAUCGGCAAAAUGCUUUGGUGUUGCAUUUCAAUAUUGGCUUCGGGGAAGUACCAAAUUAAUGCCGCGUUAGCAGAUUAUAGCGAUGGUUCACAUUCCAUAGCACAAGCGGAUUGUGCACGGAUGCUAAAAGAACUCUGA